AUGGAGUACUUACCGGCGCCGGAAAAGACUCAUGCCGCCGGAAAACCUUCCGCAGCAGCAGCGGCGGCAGCGGCGGCGGCAGCGGCGGCGGCGGAGCAGAUGAAGAUCGUCUUCCUCUUAACCUCGUCUGGUUCUCACCUCCUCGCGGCGCUGUCGCCGAACGGUCUCACGCUGCUUGCUUUCAAAUCCUCCCUCUGGUGA